UAACCCGGAUGGUCCUGCAGUCAGUGGUCGGGUCUGUGAGUGAGCGCUCCGGAAGAUGGCGGGGGUGUUCGAGGUGGAGGUUGACGGUGUAGAGCACGACCACGGACACGGACCCCAUGACGAGGCUUCUCAGAUUGACCUGUCCCAGCUGUCACCAGAAGAGAAAUGGAGACUAGAACAUGCAAGAAUGCAUGCCAAACACAAAGGACACGAGGCCAUGCACGCGGAGAUGGUCCUCAUCCUUAUCGUCACGCUGGUGAUAGCCCAGCUUGUCCUGGUUCAGUGGAAGCAGAGGCACCCCAAAUCCUAUAAUUUGGUAACCCUUUUUCAGAUGUGGGUGGUCCCUCUCUACUUUACCACAAAGCUGCAUUGGUGGCGAUUUCUGGUAACUUGGUUCAUCUUCUCUGUGGUCACAGCCUUUAUCACAUUUCGUGCAACUCGCAAACCGCUGGAGUGCACGACACCAAGGCUGGUGUACAAAUGGUUUCUCCUUCUAUAUAAGAUUAGUUACACAACUGGAAUUGUGGGAUAUGCUGUGGUCAUGUUCACUCUCUUUGGCAUCAAUCUGAUAUUUAGAAUAAAACCAGAAGAUGCCAUGGAUUUUGGGGUGUCCUUGCUCUUUUAUGGGCUGUAUUACGGCGUCCUGGGCAGAGACUUUGCGGAGAUGUGUGCAGACUUCAUGGCUUCAACAGUAGGGUAUUACAGUGCAUCAGGAAUGCCCACAAAACACUUGUCAGACAGCAUCUGUGCCGUUUGUGGCCAGCCGAUUCUUGUGGAUGUGGACGAGGAAGGAAUCAUGGAGAAUACCUACAGGCUCUCAUGCAACCAUGUAUUUCAUGAGUUUUGCAUACGAGGAUGGUGCAUUGUGGGGAAGAAGCAGACGUGCCCAUACUGCAAAGAAAAAGUGGACCUCAAAAGAAUGUUCAGUAAUCCAUGGGAAAGGCCUCACGUCAUGUAUGGACAGCUAUUAGACUGGUUACGGUACCUGGUAGCCUGGCAGCCAGUCAUUAUUGGACUAGUACAAGGCAUCAACUACAUCCUAGGGCUGGAGUGACUGCAAAGCCUCACCAAACAGACCAGUGCACUGGAGGCAAACAGUCAUGGCGGGACUGGGAAAAUAAUCUUUUUGGCUCCAAGGACACUGGAACUGAGACUGGGACUUUAUCUCUAAGCUGUAAUGUACUGUAUAUAGGCACUCACUGUGCUUAUGUGUAUUUAAAGGAAAAUUCAACUAGCAGUCUGAUGUAUUUCGGUUUAGAUUUUUUUUGGACCUCCUAAAUUAUGGAUCUUAAUAUUAUGGAAACAACUGGGUAAUGCUUUUGUUGUUGUUUUUUUUUUGUUGUUGUUGUUUUUUUUCUUAAGGUUCUUAAUGGGCUUUUUAUUCGUAAUUUGUGUAAUUUCAAAAGUGUUUACACAAAUUUAAUACAUCAUCUUUGCCCUGUAGGUCCUUAUGCCCAUUUCUAAUAAUCUUCCCUUGCUCAUUCACUUAAAAAGAAAAAAGAAAAAAACUAAGUAGAAAUAUAUAUGUAUGGUUUUAUGUUUAAUUUUCCAUAAUGGGGUCUGUAACUCUUCCAGUAUGAUAAAGUUGAACAUGGAUAACCCCACAGAUCUUCAGCUACAGGAUACAAGAAGUGAGAAUGCUGCACAUGCACUGAUGUGUGUAUUAUUCAGUCAGAUGCUGCUCUGUGCCUCUCAAGCCGGAGUCUGCCAGCUGUGGAAUUCUUUUUAAAUGCCCUUUUCCGUUAAUUGUAUGUUAUCUAUACGUUAGCGGGGGUGCGUGGGGAGUUCCUGCUCACUUCUGUCGAAAAAGGUACUUUGAACAAAUGUACAUUACAGAACUGAAUAACAAGUUGUCAAACCAU